UUAUGAAAAACUUUCGCCAGAGCGGCCCUAGUUGCGUCUUCAAAGUCAAGCAAAAUCUGAUUCAGGUCCACAUUGGCUUCAGUACGGGGCACUUCCCGCAACAUCUUAAACAUUCAUCAUUGGAAACGGAAACGAGAGUAGGUGGAAAAAUUUUCUACAUGCAGUAUUUGUUUCUUUGAUCUUUCAUCUUCAGGUUGAAGUGAAUAAAGCACAAAUAAUAUUGUUAUAUAGCUGUAUCAAAUGAUGAAACUAAGUGAAAUUCACCUGCGUUUUAGAUAAGAUUUUCUUGGGGGGAACACCCAGAUAAGAUCUUUUGAAUAGGACCCCUCGAAACAGGCUUCCAGGUCCUACGGAGAAGACUGUGCGGUCCUACGGAGAAAGAAUACUCUACGGCCCUACGAAGAAUACUGUAAGAGCCUGCGAGGAUAUUGAUAAGACUACGGAGAAUCCUGGCAAUAAAACAAUGAACAGAAAUUUCCGUAGCUUUUUGCCACAGUGGAGUUCAACGCUGCAAAGCGUGAACCACAGCUUGGUCCACGUUUCCUAGCGUGGACUUGGUCCAUUCUUGGAUUAGCAGUGCUUAAAGAAGGACAUCCGGUGUUUAAGUCUCUCCUCUAAUUGAAUUUUGAGAACUGACAAGGAGCUGUUUGGAUGCAAGAGGUAGCAAUGACACUGCAAAUCUGUGCACUGAUAAAAUGGAAGUGCAUAAAAGGCCCGGCGAGCGGUGGAGUGGCACAUCGGUCUUUGCGCAACGAGCAUGAUGGCGCGUCUGCCGCUUCUCGUCAUCGCCCUCGCGGCAAUCGCCGCCGGGGUUCAUGGAGGCAAAGUGCACAACCAGUUAAUUGCCUGUCAGUGACGUACGGCAUCGUCCCCGACCCAUUCCACUCGAAGAGCUUCUUCUCGCUGCCCCGCACCCUGGAGGAGGCUCAGGGCGGCCAGGACUACUGGAUCCCCUCCCAAAAACGGCCGCAGGACAACACGACGUCCUACUGCCGCGAGGGCGACUACCGCGUGUGCUUGCUCUUCGACCAGCAGGGCAGCGUGGCCGGCAUCCGCCUGUCGGUCGACCGAAAUGAGAUCGCAGCAUCUGGCUUCAACUUGGAGAACGUACCGGAGUGGGAGCCUAACUGGAACUCAAGGCUUCCCGGUAUGGUUUACUCCGCCACCGUAUACUUCCAGUCUGCAGACGCACUCCUGACAGCCGUAGUCUACGCUCCCAGGCGCCCUACUCGGCCUUAUAAUGAAAGAGGAGCUUGCCGCUGGCGGCCGAAGUCUGAAGAAGGACGACCCCACCGCCCCGAACGGUAUCUACAUCCUGCAGUCCGACUUCAUCGGCUUCGAGACGAACCGCAUCCACAUUGCAGCGCAGGAGUCCCAGGCUGCGUCGGCGAACUUCACUGAGCAAUCCUGCAACUUCGGCAUG